AACACAGCGCGAGAUGGGUCGUACGAUUCUCCCUCUCACUUUCUCACCCUCUCCAUCUCGUCUCCUCCCAUUUCCUCUGUUUCUCUGUUAUUCCAAGUUUUGCUAGAACAAAACUCCCUAUAUCUUGACAUUAUGGUUGCAUUCAAAUCAGUAACCAUGGCGGUUUUGUAAGCAAACACUCCAAAAGGCAUCGUUUAAUCCAUCGAAAUCGUUCUACUCAUGGAGACAUUGCCUCCAUUUUUGGUUGCUGCUGCAGCCUCUUGCUCUCAGAAACCGCUGCUCCGGAGACUCCAUCGAGCUCAGUCAAGAAGAGGAUGGUGUCUGGUGUGGAGUCAACAGGAUCUAUCCGCCUCGGGAAUUAUCUUGGUGCCAUAAAGAAUUGGAUUGCACUUCAGGUUCCAGAGCCCCUAAUUCCUCCAGCUGGAGCACAAAUUAUGUCCCUCACAGAUGGUCUUUCCAAGUCUUAUAGAUGUCCAAGUCUGCACCUUCUGAUCGGUCUCAAAUCAAUCUUCUUGACACAAAAGAUGUGUUAGCAGAAAAGAUAAAGUGCUGCAAGGCUGACUCAUUUCCAGGCCUAGAAUUUGACAGUCCUGAACACCCUGAGUGCAACAAUCUUCUUUCAAUAUAUCAGCUCAUUUCAAGCAAGACAAAAGAGGUGAAGUUGACAUUUUUUCUGUACUUUGCUUUUUAACACCUUGCUUUGUGCUUGUUUCAUUCUUGUGAUAUUUUGUGUGUGCAUGGGAGGUGUAAAACAUUUGACACAUGCCUGUUUGUUCUUCUUCAAGGUAGUCUGGUUUUAGUCAAAAUACACCAGCCUACAAGUACUUUCAAGUUUCAACUCUUAAGCUAACAGUAAAUGUUGGGAUAAAGUUUUUUGGUCCUGAAUUUUGCUUAGAGGAAACUUGGAAUGGCCCUGAGGAUGUUCUGAGCUACAAUAACUCCACAUUGAAAUGGCACUUAAGAGUGGCCACACAUACUUUUGCAAGAUUUUUACUAAUAAGUGAUACAUUAGAUGUCACCUGGUAACUUAUUAUGUCUACCACAAGGUGGUGGUGUUUUAAGAAAUGCAUUGGUAUGUCUUUUUUCACUUUCUUUUGGGUUAUAAUUGAAUUUUGUUGCCAGAGGUGCUGUAGUCCAAGUGGCAAAAAGACUUAAUGAAAUUGCACAGGAAAGCCAAGAUAUGAACUGGGGCACUUUUAAAACCCUUCUUGCGGAUGCCUUGGUUGAUCAUUUGCAUCCCAUGCUGGUUCUACUUUUGAAUUUGGUGUUCUUUUCUUUUCCAAUUUCCUUUCUCUCUAAAGAAGUUUACAAUACAGGAUAGGAAAUUCAUACAGGCUAUACUGAUUUACAUUCAAACUUAUUUCUGUUGAAUUUGUUCAUUUGAUCUCCUUGAGGGGAGUUUGAUGUUUUAUUAAUGUUUGGUUGUGUAGAUGCAUGCAAACUUAAGACUUAUAAUCUUAAAUAUGGACUAAAAAAUCGAUCAGCCCACACAUAUCAGGGAAUAAACUUCCCUUUAUACACACCUAAUGUUGACAUAUGAGUCAUUCAAGCAUUGCUAAUGUACUUGAAUCUAGUUUGUGCUGGCCAUUCAAUCCUUGCUCCAAACAAAUACUUCUAUGAGAAAGGCUUUGAAACUCCUUACUGAAGCCUAAUUAGCAUAAAAUUUGCCUGUUCCCUGUCAUACACAUUGUGUGAACUGUGAACACCAGUCACAAAAUUAGUGCUUACUGAAGUGAUGGGUGCAUAUCUUCUUUUCCCUUCUUUUUCUGAGAAUUAUUUGUGUGUGACUGCAGAUAUUUUGGUGUUAUUAUGGUUGUUCCUUAUUUCUACUAUACUUCUUGUCCAAUCAUCUUGCCAAUUUCUACAACUUUUUGCUAACUGCUUUUCUAAUAAUUAUUGGAGAGCGGUCAAUUUGCCUCCCACUGUCAAUGUUCAAUUCUUAUUGAUUUGGUGUCUCCAUCAUCAAUUAGGCUUUUUGCUUUUUUAGGUUCACUCGGAGGAAAUAAUAUCUGAUCCAGCUUAUUUGGAUGGAGUCUUGGCAGAAGGUGCCACAAAAGCUGCAGCUAUAGCUGAUACUACUCUUGAUAAUGUCUAUCAGGCUAUGGGAUUCUUGCAGAGAUGAGCAGAAUCAAUUAUAACAGGGGAAAUUUAUGUGAGAUGAUAUGCUUGCAUACCUUGAUUUUGAUGAUUCAUCAUUGCCCACAGUAUUUUUGGAGUAUAUGGAAAAACCAAUAGUCUGGAUAAAUGAAAGAGUAAGGCCCACAAUUUCUUUGGUGGAGUUGGCUACAUUUCUCCUCUUCAGACAGGUGGGUUGGGUUACAAGGUGUUGCUCUUAUCUUAUGGAAGAUGGGGCAUGUCACAGGAGCUCCAGGCACCAGGCAUCAGGCACAUGUUCUCACGGGCCUACUUCUGUUUGCCACAUGCCCACAGGUUGUUUCCAGAUUUAACCCCUCAAAAAGAAUUUGCAGUUGUUAUAUCUAGAAAUUGUAUGUGUAUCUUUCCCUUAAAUAUGCAUUCUCUUU